CAUUGCUGUACUACAAUGCUCCAAUUUCUGCUUACAGAAGCUGAUAAGUCUUGAUGCCAUAUUUCGAUUUCCCUUGACAGCGGCAAGCUAGAGACCCUCGUAGUCGGGCAAGUGUGGUGGUUUAAGAUCGGGAGCCGUGCUCAACAAUGACAUGAGACUGUCCACUCGACAAACCCGAAACGCCGACCAGCCACCUACUCCAGCAAGCACCGACUUUUCCGUUUCAAACAUCUCAGCAUCUUGCACUGUCCAACAAACCAUCAACGCGAUCUUGGACUUCGAGUGCCAUUUCAGCAUCAUGCCUCCAGCUACACCGACCGCCAGCGGUCCAUCGACGCGUGGUAACGCGAAACGGGCGUCAGCGUCAAACAACGACUCCACCCUCCGAUCGAAGCGUGUGAAGGUCGAGCAGCCUGCUGACUCGAAUCCAGAACCUGGGGACCAGGACCAGGACCAGGAUCAGUCUAAUGAGGAGGAUGAAGGAGAAGACGAUGAUGCCGAAGAUGAUCAGAACGGCAACGUGCUGCCGACAUCGAAACAAAUUCUGCAUGGAUUAUUCGAGAAUCGAAUUGGUCUUAUAGCAGCGACGCUGUCUGCAAGGCUGCGAGAAAGAGCACAAGCGCACUUGGGACUCCUUGAACCUCUAGAGAAGCCCUUGCCAACGAUCGAUUCAAAUGGCAACGCUAUAGAGUACACUCUUUCGAGCUGGAAGCGAAAGCUUGAAGAAGAGACCGAGACCACCGACCUUGUCGCGUCCAAAAGAUCUCGAGUUUUUCCUACCGAUGUCAAGGGUGCACAAACCGCCCUCGUCGACUUGGAAAGAACAAAACAAUCUAGGAGAGAAAUCAACAAAGCUAUAGAUCUGACCGCAUCUUUCGAAAAAGAUUUGAUUACCCAAGCUUGCGAAGUUUCGAACCAGUUCAUCGCAUAUAUGAUGAGUCACGACAAUUUGUUAGAGAAAGAGGUCACCAUGUUCACGUCUGGCAUAGAUCGAUACACGAGGAGACCCUGAAGACAUGGUACGUCCGCCAGGUCAUGUCUGUCAGGACGAUCAAUCCAUCCACAACCGGCUUACGCUCAAUUCCGACCUCCGCUGCCUUCCACACGAGGCAAGGCUCGACCGCAAGACUGUAUCACAUCAUCAGCGUGGUUCUAUUCUGAUACCAUCUAACACGGUCAUUAACAUGUCCACCGUGGAGUUUUUAUGACAGCUGGUUCUUGAUAUUGAAAGGAUACACCCUGUUUUUAGUAUUGUCAUAUGGCGUCUUGGCCGUUC